UUGAAUUUUUCUGCACGUGUUGAAACUUCAUCUUUAACUAAAAAAAGUACAAAAAUGGUUUCUCUCAAUCCUGUACAGAUUCUGAAUCCCAUGGCCGAGGAAGAAAGAGGGGAGACCGCUCGCCUUUCUUCUUUCGUUGGUGCCAUAGCCAUUGGUGAUCUUAUCAAGAGUACAUUAGGACCUAAAGGAAUGGAUAAAAUUCUACAGUCGUUUGGUCAAAACAAAGAUAUUCAAGUUACAAAUGAUGGUGCAACAAUAUUAAAAUCUAUUGGUAUUGAUAACCCAGCAGCGAAAAUAUUAGUUGAAUUGUCCAAAGUACAAGAUGAUGAAGUAGGUGAUGGCACCACAAGUGUGACAGUCCUUGCAACAGAACUUCUAAAGGAAGCAGAGAAGCUAGUAUCCCAGAAAAUCCAUCCACAAACAAUAAUAGCUGGUUGGCGGAAGGCUGUCAAGGUUGCGGAACAAGCACUAGAAGCUGCAGCUACUGAUAACAGUGGUAACAAAGAGAAGUUUGAAGAAGAUUUAAUGAAUAUAGCAAGAACAACUCUAAGCUCAAAGAUUCUUGACCAACAUAGAGACCACUUUGGCAAGCUGGCUGUGGAGGCUGUGUUGAGGCUUAAAAGCAGUGGAGAUCUGAAUGCUAUUCAGAUUAUCAAGAAACUUGGUGGAGGAAUGGUAGAUUCAUUCUUAGAUGAAGGGUUUCUUCUGGACAAGAAAAUUGGUGUAAACCAACCCAAGACUAUAGAGAAUGCUAGAAUACUGAUAGGUAACACUAGUAUGGAUGCUGAUAAAAUCAAGGUAUUUGGUUCUCGUGUUAGAGUUGAUUCUACAGCUAAGAUUGCAGAAUUAGAACUUGCUGAAAAGGAAAAAAUGAAAGAAAAAGUAGAAAUGAUCCUCAAGCAUGAUAUUAAUUGUUUUAUAAACAGGCAGCUAAUCUAUAAUUACCCAGAACAACUGUUUGCUGAUUCUGGUGUAAUGGCCAUAGAACAUGCUGACUUUGAAGGCGUUGAACGACUAGCGCUUGUACUAGGUGCUGAGAUUGUAUCCACCUUUGGACGUCCAGAUCUUGUCAAAAUUGGCACUUGUAAACAGAUUAAUGAAAUCAUGAUUGGCGAAGAUAAAUUGAUUCACUUUUCUGGUUGUGCUUUGAACGAAGCUUGCACCAUUAUCAUUAGAGGAGCUACUCAACAAAUCCUUGAUGAAGCAGAGCGUUCUCUUCAUGAUGCCCUGUGUGUCUUGACACAGACAGUUAAAGAACCAAGGACAGUGUUUGGAGGAGGAGCAUCUGAAAUGCUGAUGGCCAAUGCAGUGUCAAAGCUAGCAGCAAUUACUCCUGGUAAAGAGGCUGCUGCUAUGGAAAGCUUUGCCUCUGCUUUAAGACAGCUGCCAACAAUUAUAGCUGAUAAUGCGGGUUAUGAUAGUGCUGACUUGGUGGCUAAACUACGAGCUUCUCACACCCAGGGACACACAACAGCUGGUUUAGAUAUGAUUAAUGGCACAGUUGCUGACAUGGCAACCUUAGGUAUCACUGAAUCAUUCCAAGUCAAGCGUCAGGUAUUGCUAUCAGCUGCUGAGGGUGCCGAGGUGAUCUUAAGGGUAGACAACAUUGUCAAAUCAGCACCAAGAGAAAGAAUGGCAGAUUCCGUGCCAAUGUUCUAAUGCUAUUCAUUUCUCGUUGUUGUGCUUCUGUCAUUCCUGACAACUUUGGCACAGUCAUCUGCAUUGUUAUUUAGUUAAAGAAAAGAUCAUUAAUUCAGGAAGAUGAAAACUUAGUAUCUUAAACUCGUCAAAAUAUUACCUUAAAUUUUGAGAGGAAAAAAAACAAUUUGGUCAAGUUAUCA